AUGUGUUCAAUACCAAAGGUAGAAUGUUGUACGGUGUCGGCGUGUGAUAUGAAUACAUCAAUUAACACACGAGAAGAGACGGUGAAAGAUCUCGUCAAAAAAGUAGAUUGUGAUAAGCAAAAGAAUGCGACCGAAAUUGGUCAAAAGUACAAAUGUUGUACUUUAUCACCCGUUGAACCGACUCCUUUGACUAAUGUCAAUUGUUGUGAAAAAGCGAGACCUUGCAUUAGCAGUUUUUUCUCUGCAGGAAAAGGUGAAUGUGAUAAUUUUGAACUGACACCACACGGGAAAGACUUUGCUUUAAAAACGGGAAGAUUAGUGAGUGAACAUUAA